AUGGGGAUCCUGCUUUUCGCUCUGCAGGAGCUCGAUGUUGGGACCAACCAAACGCAGUGGCAGACCCUGGCUGGCACAACGGGUCUUGCGGGCAACCGGCAGAUCCUCAGUUUCACAGAUGCAGGGGAAAAUGCUGAGGUCGAAGUGCUUCGCUGUGACGAGCGCGCCUCUUCCCUGCUGGUGGGAGUACGGCUCGCGCUCUGGCGUCGGCGCAAGGCAGCCGGCUUGGCGGCAGCCUGUGCCGCUUGGUCACAGGUAGAGCGGAUCAUCGCCUGGGAUUCCGAAGCUCACGAGGAACUGGAGCCUGAAGUGGCCUCGAUGGAGCUGGAGACCGGCGCCAAUUGCACAGGCCUUGUUCCCAUCAACGGCUCCGAGAGAUGGGCCAGCUGCCAGGGGAUGUCCAACCUCAAACCUUGCCCAGAUCCGGAGAUGUGCUGCUGCAACGAAGAUUUCCAGUAUGUCGAGGCCUUGGGCUCGUGCGAGCCCUGCGCCGCUGGAGAGGCUUCCGAAAGACCGCGCAGACUCUGUCCACCUGGCACUGCAGUGAUCGGUUUCUAUGCCGGCAUCGCAUCCAGCGAGGGCAGUCGCCAUCAGGCUGUGGGGUCGGAUCUGCUGAUUUCUACCAUCUGCUCCAUUCGCGUGAGCUGCGGACCUUUGGAGGUUCGCCACUGGGCAGGGGACCCGAGCAUGAUCGGUUCCUUGGUGGUAGCGAGAUGGGACCCGCCGGUUCAGGAAGCUGGAGACCUGGAGCUGCCGGGCCUGGCGAACCUGGGAGAGCUGCAGUGGUGGCACUACGCGGCCGCAGGUGGAGCGCUUCUCCUCGUGCUGUACUGCAUUUACCGCUGCUGUCGCACUUCGCAGUCGACUGUCUACGGUGAUGUACAGACCGGGACGAAGUCAAGCUGGACCACAUUCAAAGGAGCUAUAAAGUUACCUUUUCAAGUUAUUUGGAGGUAUCUCCUGCGACCGAUCGGCUCCCUUGUACUUCGGAUACUGGAGCCGAUUUGGGUCCGUGUUCUGCGGCCACUCCUGCGGUGGAUGGCCGCGACCCGCGUAGCCAAGCUUCUGGCAGGAAUCGCUCGGCGGCUGUGGCGCGUGCUUACGUGUUGCUGCCCAUGCCUGAGACGUUUGGAGAAGAUGUCUUUGCGGGAGACGUUGAAAGCCGCCCGCGACCCGAUGGCCGCUAGCAAGACUACGCGCGCGCGGGUCGCCCGGCAGUGGGAGCUGCGACGCCAGCUGCUGUCCGGCACUUUCGACGCACAGAAGGCGAAGGACGACUUGCUUGGCCAGCUGAAGCGAGGAGAGAUCGACGAGAAGGAGCUGGGAGCGCGCCAGCGUGAGAUUGAUGAGUUGCUUGCCAAGAGCCAGGCUAUGACGAGCAAGACUUCGCUGAAAGAUCGCAUGAAGGAUCUAAAGUCACAAGGCAGUCUUCGCCCUCUGUCUGCGGCAAAGAGCGUUAGCGCAUCGAAGAUGCUUUCUGCCAGCCUGUCCUUCGCCAGGUCCGCUUCGCUUCGCGAGGAUGGUGCCCGCAAAUGCUGUGCAUGUUGCCGCCGGCUUCCUGCUAAGGAGGAGGAGGAAGAAAAGCAGGACGCGGCAAUGGCAGCCGCACAGCAGCCCGAGGAGGGCAAGGAACAGGCAAAGCGGGCAAAAGUCCAGAAAGAAGAUGACGAGGAGUGGGAAUAUUUCUGGGAGGAGGACUCCGAAGAAGAGGAUUUCGAAGAUGAUCAGAUGGUGGACGUGAGCCCGGCAACAACUCAAAGCCGUGGCCGAAGUGAAAGUUUGGCCUUCGGCCCGGUGGCCUCGCGGACAUCUGGCGCUUCUCAUUUAACCUCCAGAACCACGCCCCAGGCCAAGCAGUCAAAGAGUCAGUUGACACAGUGA